AUGUCGGAACGAUAUGCCAUAUUUGAUUUAGAUGGAACGUUAUUAGACACAGAAAUUAUGUAUACGAUAGCGACGCAACAAUAUUUAGAUGAAUAUUCCCCCGGUUCCAAAUUUGAUUAUGAGAUGAAAAAACAAAUGAUGGGGCGUUUGAUCGAACCUGCAACCCGUGCACUUUUAGAACGAUAUCACAUCACUGAUACUAUUUCUCAUGCCGUUCAAUAUAAAAUAGAUCAUCUGAACUCACUCUGGUCACAAGUAAAACCCUUACCUGGGGCUAUAAGAAUACUACAGUAUUUCAAGAAGCAUUCAAUCCCCAUCGCACUCGCUACUUCAACAACUAAAGAAGUCUUCGACAACAAAAUGGAAGCAAAUAAAGACAUGUUAAAAUACUUCGACGCUAUCGUAUUGGGCGAUAACCCAGCAGUUAAAGCAUCCAAACCAAAGCCAGACAUCUUCCUACAUGCUGCAAAAUUGCUUGGAUGUACUGAUAUGAAGAAGGCAAUUGUCUUCGAAGAUGCAGUCUUAGGAGUCCAAGCGGGACUCGCGUCCGGAGCUCUCACUAUUGCUAUCCCCGAAGAAGAAAAUGCCGACGAUCCAGUCUUUAAUACUGCAGAUUGUAUGUUGAAGUCACUCAACGAGUUCAAACCAUCGCAAUUUGGCCUUCCUGACGACUUCUAA